AUGGAGUCCAUACAGAAACUCCCGAUCAUUCGCAUGAUGACACGAUCCUCCCCACCGCCGGUCAACAACUCGCCGCAGAGCAGCCCGCCGCAGAACAGUCCGCCGCUGCAGGCUCCACCUGAAGCUGCCCUCGAACGUACCCCUGUCACAUCACCACGUUCAUUACGUCAAUUGUCAAUAUUCCUGCUUGGCUCUGCAUGUAUCGUUGCAUCGACCGCGAUAACGCGCAAGGCUGUAUGGCGGCGACAGCUUCGAACCAAGCCGCCCUUCUAUGCGCCGAACACGAACCCCCACGAAUUUUUCAGUCCCAUGUCUGAUGCUCUACAGGCAUUGAACAUGGCGACGAUGAACUGCUUCAGCGUUGGUCUCAUGGCUCUAGGCGGGACCAUGUGGACGUUGGACAUCGCCAAUUUGAAAGAGGCACGAUCUAUAUUGCGACAGCGAUUGAAUUACGACUCGAUAUACCGAUCAGAAGACGACGUGCCGAAUGGACUCGGAGAAACCCUGCUCAAAGCGGGGGAGACAAGGAUGGUGGAGGAAGACGAGAACAGCAGCGACGCAAAGCCUCAGUGA